CUCUAUGUCAUGGCUAGCCUUGGUCAAACUUCAUCCAAUCGUACAAUCGACGACCAAAAGGGCGAUACUGUCACUGGCUUCAUGCCUACCUAUUUUCCCCGCGAUUUUAAGUGGAACAUCGGCCAAACAUGCACCGCUUGCACCGUCAAAUCUGGUACUCUCAUCGACCCAGACCAGGUGUUCGACGGGACGUGGCAUGACGCGACGCACUACGGACAAAACGAUACCACCAUUAGCGUCCAGGUCGACUUCACGGGCACCGCCGUCUAUAUGUAUAACAUACUCGUCAAUACCGUUGCCGGUACUCGGACAUCCCUCACAACACUUCACUUCUAUCUCGACGGGGAGCAAGUAGGCACGUUCACCCAUGAUCGCGAUAACACGACCGAGGUCAUCUAUAAUGCGCUGGUCUACAAGAAUACGUCUUUGUCAAACACACCUCAUUCUCUUGUCGCUGAAGCAUCUGGCGCCGAUUACAUCCUCUUUCUCUUCGACUACGUCAUCUAUACG